AUGGGAAAUUAGAUCAAUGUAAAGGCAAAAUUUGUAAAUCUAUUGAAAUAGGAGGAUGAAAAUGCUUUGGCAGAAGAAUUAAAAUCAAUUUUGCUCCUUGACAUCUCUUAAGAAGAUUAUCUUAACGCCUUUUAUCCUUCUGACAUUCGGGAUAUAUUAAAAUAAUCGCCAAAAAGGAUAUCGGGAAUAAUCCACUAUCUGCAUCACUUCCUUUGCGAUUCAUAAACUGAUUUAGCAUCUCAUGUUCAAUAUAGAUAAUGGAAGAACAGUUUAAGAAUAUUAACUUCAAUAAUUCCAGUUUUAUACGAAGAAUAAUUUAAAGAACAAAUGAAAGAGAUGCUCUGGAACACUAAAAUCCCUAAACCCAACGAGGAAAUUUAAGAGCGAGACCCUCCACUCAUAAUUUCACUACUUUAGAGACUCUUUUAAAUGUGCUUCCAUUUUGGAUUUACAAUAGAUUCUUUAGAAUAUAAUGAAUCAGUUGUAAAGAAUGAUACUCUAUUAUAAUAAUUUGCAUAAUAUUAUCAAAAUGUAUGGAAUUCUUAUAAAUUGCAAGUUGGUUAUAUAUGGAAGGGUUUUAAUCCUUAGUGUAAGUACCCAAAUGAUAUAGCAAAAUAUUUCGAAAAUCGCUAUCUCGUUUUAUCUUGUAUAUUUGCAUUGGUUAGUUCAACAUUAUUUUCAUCAUAACUAUUUUUUGAACAAGAAAUUCAACUAUUAAAUGAAGAUAAUAAGUAGGAAAAUUAAGAAAAAGUGAAUCAACCUCCUGAAUAAGAAAUAGAUGAAUAAUUUUAAGAGCAAUAAAUAUAAGAAUAAUAAAACUAAAAUAAUAAUCAUAAUAAUUAACCAAAAACUCAAAAAUUUUUAGUUUAAACACCAAAUGCUGCUUUGUUCAUAUUACAAAAAGUUCAAUUUUUCCCAGAAUUAUUUGUAUCUAUAAUUGGCUUUUCAAUAUUCCCAACUGAGAGAAUCAAGUAAUUUCUCAGGGGCCUUGUCAAUUUACCUAAUUAAAUUGAAGAUAAUCUUUAAAAUGUAUGCUUAAAACUAUUAACUCUUAUAAUAGGUGGAUAGGGCUUUGUAUAAAAGGAGGUUCUGCCCCUUGAAAAAGAGUUCGAAGAAAUGAUCAGAGCGAAAGAGCACUUUCAACUAUUCAACAUUCCCUUCCCAUAAUUUAUUAAUUUACCUUAACAAAUAUAGGAAGGAAUAAUAGUUUAAUUAACCUAAAAAUUUUAUUCUUAUUACAAAUCUUAAUAGUAAUUUAUAAGAGGAACCUUUGAAAAACAUUUAUCCAACUUUGAAAGCUGUUUCAUUUAGUUGAGUUAUUUAUCUGCAAAGUCUAUACAUAAUGUCCCAAAUAUAAUGGUUGUUUUUUUAUUGUCUUACUUCAACCAAAACAAAUAUAUUAAAAAAGUUUCAUUAAGGAUUCUCAAACUGCUAAGUGCGUAACCACAAUUAAAUAAAUAAUUAUGUGCUAGUUAAGAGUUUACUUUGACUUUUACAGAUGCUCCUAUUAUAAUUGGUUCUUGGGGUGACUUAUUGAUUACAGCACUCUGUGAUACAAUCUAGAAGGAUUUCUAUUCGAUUAAGGAGAGCAAACUAUUAGAAAUAUCUCAAAUAAUAUUCAAUGUUUCAGCAGAGAUUGGUAAUCUGAAUAGAGAAAGUUGUGAGAUGAUUUGUAACUUAAUUAAAAAGUUGGCAAACUAUGAUUUUAUAUUAAAAUCCCCAAACGUAUUAAUUAGUGUAUAGAAUUUGAUUGGAGCAGUCUCUCAAAUAGUUUACUUUUUCCCUGAUGACAAUUUUAAUCUUAUAUGUAAUGUAAUAAAGAUUAAGGAUAGUAUCAAAUUCAUUCAUUAAUUAUAAAUCACUUAAAAGAAGCUUUAAUUCUGGUGGGGUAAGUACGCUCCUCAUAAUCCAAUUGUUAAUUAGAGUUUUAUUAAGAGCUAGCAGUUUUAAAAUGAUGUUCACGAUAUUAGAGAAUCCUAAGUAAGAUCAAUCACUCAAUAGUAACAAGCUACAACUCAAAAGAAAUAAUCAAAGUAAUUUUAGUAAGAGGAGAUCUAAAGCUUAUAACAAUUAGAAUAAAUUCAAUCAGAUAGAACUUAAAGGCCUUCUGCUGAAUAAACUAAAUAUUUUGAGUUAUGGAAAAACUUCAACUAGGAUUAAUUGAAAUAGUUUGUUCCUUUGGCUAGUUUGGCGAAAUUGCUGGAAAAGUUAUUUGAAUUAUGUGUGGAUCCUACUGAUGAAGCACUAUUAAAAGGAGUAUGUGAAUCACAUGAUCUGAGAUCUUUGAUGAUUAAAUAACUUAGCUUUAAAAUAACUGUUGACAAAUUUAAGAUAUUCAAAAUGUUAACAAAAUAAAUUUGGUCAAAUUGCCUGAGGAAUUCUGACAAAUUUCCAUAUUUUGAAAAGUCUUAAUGUCCAUGCUUUUAACUAUCGUACGUGGAGAAAUGA